CAGGAUUCGAAUCGAACGUCCGCACGGGAGCCGGGCGCUGGCGGAGCGGUGCGCCUGCCAAUCAGCGGCGGCGGCUGGCGGCCCCCGAACGUUGGGACAGCCCGGCCCCGCCCCGCGCUGUUGUUUGUGGUGUCGGCCGGGCCGCGGGAGCCGAACCACAACAUUCACCGGGCGGCGGCGGCGGCGGCGGCAGCGGAGCGGCGAGCGCGAGCCCAGGGCGGCCGGCAGCCGCCGAGCCCGCCUCUGCGCCCCGGCCCGCGCGGCCGGGCCUCGGUUGCGCCAUGUCGGUGAACAUGGAGGAGCUGCGGCACCAAGUCAUGAUCAACCAGUUCGUGCUGGCCGCGGGUUGCGCGGCCGACCAGGCGAAGCAGCUGCUGCAGGCGGCCCACUGGCAGUUCGAGACCGCCCUGAGCACGUUUUUCCAGGAAACCAACAUUCCCAACGGCCACCACCACCACCAGAUGCAGAUGUGCACUCCCAGCAACACACCUGCCACGCCACCCAACUUCCCCGACGCACUGGCCAUGUUCUCCAAGCUUCGUGCCUCCGAGGGCCUGCAGAGCAGCAACAGCCCCAUGACGGCCGUGGCCUGCUCCCCGCCUGCAAACUUCAGCCCCUUUUGGGCCUCAUCCCCUCCCAGCCACCAGGCGCCGUGGAUCCCACCCUCCUCCCCCACCACCUUCCACCGCCUGCACUGCCCACAGCCCACGUGGCCCCCUGGAGCACCGCAGGCAGGCGCCCAGCAGAAAGCCGUGGCGGCGCUGGACGGCCAGAGAUGAGACUGGAUGCCGCUGGCACUGGGCUGGAGCUGGGGGCAGUCCAGGGUUGUGGGGACACAGGAGGGCCGGGAGGGGGGAGCUGGGAGGGCAGAGGGUUUCCUGAAGAUCGCACUGGAAGAUUUUAUAAAAGAAUUUUUGUGGGAGGGGGGGACAGUAAACUUCCUGGGCCACUUGGGUCCUUCAGGAGUUUCUCUUCAGGCAAGUUUUUUCUCUUUUUAAUAUAUAACUAUAAUAUAUAUGAAUAUAUAAAUAUAACUAAUGUAUGUGAGAGUGGGAUUGGCAAACCUGCGGUGCUGGGGUCAGGGGGCCAGCUCCGCUUCUUCCACCCAAGUCUUGUGGGGGCCGGGGAUUGCUUCAAAGCCAGAUGGAAGUGAUCUUGCUGUCGCAAGGUGUCUGUUAGCUGCCUCCUUUCAAAAGUCACACCUUCGGGAAUUGAGAAGAGGAUCACCUCUGCUCCAGUCCUGGGGGCAGCCAAUAGUGACUGCAGGAGGGUCUCAGAAGGGCCCCGAGGCCAAAAGUGUGGAAGGCCCUCUUGACAUCAUGGAACUCUCCCCAGCGGGACCCAGGAUUCCCCCCCCAUCUCUUCCCCACCCCUGGUUGCUGAUUGUGGCCCCUUGGUGACUGUAGCUCUUGUCACCUCUCCUGUUGUCACCCAAUCUCUAGCUGGGUGUGCAGGGCUUAUGUAUAACUGAAGAGCUGGCUUGAGUCAAAAGCCAGGCUCUGCCCAGUGGGGGACUGUACUUUCUUGUCCUGUGCUGUCUCGUGGGCACCCUGCCUCUCCUGCUCUGUGUCUGGGGUCAGGGGAGAGCUUGCCUUCAUGUUCAGUUUCCAAAUCAGAAUCUCAUCUCACCAGGGUGAAAUUUUAAUUUAAAAACUUAAAAAGAGACUUUUCUAACUUC